AUGGAAAAUGCCCUGGCCCGAGCAGUGAUCCAAAUAAGGUGGGAGGAGGAUGAGAUACACCGAACGAUUCACUCCAGAUAUGAACCAAGGCAGAGCGACAGGAAGCCAGAGCCUAGACCAGUAGAGCACCGCUACCACCAUCCAGCACACAAUAUGGGCAGAGUCAGGAAGCCUUAUGAUUGCCAACCCUCGAGAAAUGAUAACAGGCAGUUCGGAUCGAAUCGACCAAAAAUACCGGAGUAUAACCUCAACGUCGAACCAACCCAGGUCGUAGCAAUAAUGAAAGGAUUGGGAUCUAUUGUCAAGUGGCCUGGCAAGCUCAAUCCCAAGGCAAGGAGAGACACAACCAAGUGGUGCGAGUUCCACAACGACCAUGGGCACAACACCGCAGACUAUAUUGCCUUACGACUCGAGGUUAUCGCACUUCUGAAAAGGGGACAUCUCCGUGAUCUGCUUACUGACAAGGGGAAGAACGCCAUUAGCCAGAAAAACUCCAAAGAACCGUCACCCCCUCCGCGGGAACCCACACCGAAAGGUUUCUGUUCGCUCAUCUUCGGAGGAUCAGAGAUCAGUGGGGUAAGUUACUCAUCGGCCAAGCGGUAUGCUAGAGCCAACCACCAUCAUGAAGUCCAGUCCAUCCAUCCGAUCUCACGGUCACACUCUCAUAAGGUAAUUCAGUUUGAAGAUGACGAACCGGUCACCCUAGCCGCUCCUCAUCACAAUGCUUUAGUCGUAUUCCUACAGAUUGCCAACAUCCUAGUGAAAAGGGUGUUCAUAGAUGGAGGUUCGUCAGCAAACAUCUUGUUCCUCGAAGCAGUAAAAGCAAUGGGACUAGAAGAAGCAAACAUCAACAGGUGGUCGACACUGCUGGUUGGGUUCAGCUUGGAGCAGAAAUACACUAUUAGAGAGAUAGUCCUUCCUAUCUACGCUGGCAGAGUGAACAAACAGACCGUCUUCCUGGUGAUCGACUGCCCAUCUCCCUACAAUGUCAUUUUGGGCCGGCCUUAG